AUGAGGAAGUUGACACAGAUUUUAAAAUUCAAACGAUUAUACUCUAGCGAGUCGUUUACCAAUUCUUUUCGUAUUCUAGCUGAAGAGUCUCUCGUGUCAUGGCUGGACGACAGCUCGAAACAACCAAAAAUCGACUACCUGAUUGUAGAUGUACGUGAACCAGCAGAUUAUACAACAGCUCAUAUAAAAACUGCCAUCAACAUUCCAUCAACCGUGAUGUUGGGAAACAAUGCACCAUCAUUCUUUGGAUCACUAUUGGCUCAACAACUGCUCCAUCCUAUAAAUAAUGAAUUCAGAAUACCGAAGAAUCUAGUGUUUCACUGCCAGUUGAGUUUGAUACGUGGGCCCAAUUCUGCAGCUAGACUCAUUCAAUUGCUGGACGAAGAGAAGAGGAGGAGACAACGAACUGCACCAGAUUCCGUCAAAGAACUAGAGCCUACUGAUAUAUAUGUGCUCGAUGGUGGCUUUAAAGGCUGGAGUAAGGCAUUUGCAGGGAUUAGGCCAGAACUUAUUGAAGGAAUUGGUAAAAAGUAG